UUUCGCCGCCCCAUAUUUGAAAGUCAACCCCUUCUCGUCCGUAAAGUUUCAAUUCUUCAAGUUGGCUGAUCUUGAAUAGAAGGCUCUUUCCAGAAAAAAAUAAAUAAAUCAUGAUCUCCAGAUAUCAUAAAAUCGAGAUCUAAAACAGUGAGAACUUUGAAACUGACAUCUUCCGUUGAUAUCUUUAGAUUAGUCUUACAGAUACACGUAAUAGAAGACCGAAAUUCACCUUAUGCUUGUGCGAAUUUAGACAACCAUCUUCCAAACGAUUGAAGGAUGGAGAACAGAACGGAGAAAGAGAUCGCCGGUCGUCUCCCGCUGUCGGAGGUGGUGGCGGAUUGUGUUAAGCGGUGGUUUAAGGAUACAUUGAAGGAGGCUAAAGCAGGGGAUAUCAACAUGCAAGUGUUAUUGGGUCAGAUGUAUUACAGCGGUUAUGGGAUUCCCCGAGAUGCUCAAAUGGGAAGAAUUUGGCUCACCAAAGCAUCAAGAACUAGGUCUUCAGUCUGGAAAGUCGGUGAUAAGCAUCCAGGUUAUAAUGCAAGUGAUUCUGAUUCUGAUGAAUUGAAGGGUGAUUCUUAAGCAGAUUAAUCAUGGUUUAUGCCUAAAAAUUAUGAAGGGUAUGCUUGGCUUGUGGAAUCUAGCCUCCGCUCUGGGGUGUUCCCAGGAGCACUUCACAAUUUUUCCAUCUGGUUUCUGAGCUGUCUGAUUUGCCCCCACCAUUUUGUCAAUCUAUGAAGAGUGUGAGCAUGCUGCUUUUUGUAUUCAAGAAUCCAAAGGACAUAUUGUAACAUUAAUAAUUACUUAUUGCGCGAGGAUCAACACCAUGGUAACUCUAUUUCUUCUUCUUC